AUGGAGGCUAAACUAGAAGCCGCCUUUCCCUUCUGGCUGGAUGCAGGGGCCCAUUCAACUUCGAAGUCGUCAGGACGACCAUCUAGACACGUCGCGGCCUUCCUCGCAGCCACUAGUCGGUUACCAGUGUACCAACAAGAUCAGUUGAUCAAAAUCAAGCCUCUGGGUUUGGGGACAUCAUUUCAGGUAGACGAGUGCAAAGAUACAAAGAGCGGGGAUUUGGUGGUGGUCAAACAACUGCGCACAAAACAAGAUUCAGGCGAACUCUACGACGGAGCCGUGCUCCAGGAGCUAAAGGUUUCGGUCUAUCCACCUUUCCUGAAACACGACAAUAUUGUCCGAACGCUAGGCUUCCUAGAAUCCGAAGACCCCACAGCCUUUGGACCUUCCGUCUCGCUCGUCUUGGAACAUGCAGACCAUGGAUCGCUGGCUGAAUAUCUUUCAAGUGCUUCCUGCUCGAUGUCUCACCAGAAUUGGCUCGAGCGACAGAAUUUGAUGCUCGACAUCUGCUCGGGUUUGGAGAUUCUUCACAGAUGCAGGGUAAUACAUGGCGACGUCAAACCUGACAAUAUUCUUCUCUUCUCAAUGCACUCAUCCGCUGGAUGUUCUUUGAUGGCUAAGCUUGCAGAUUUCGGAAGCGCUAUUGUCGAGGAUACUAUAUAUGAUGAUAUUGAUGAUGGCAUUUCGUCCCCCAUAUACAGAGGCACACCCCUCUUUGUCCCUGGUUAUUUACGAAAGUAUUCCGGCAAGGUCCCGUUCCAUCUAAUGCCCGCUGUCGAGAUCUAUUCCUUCGGUUUGGUGCUGUGGUCAAUUUGCGCGGGAGAACCGUACUACUUGCGUCUCGUGCACCCGGACCGAGAAGACAAAGUGGAGUGUCUGGACAGUUUGGGGACUGAGGGGUUUCGACAGCAAUUUCAGUGGGACCUGGAAGUCAUUUCUAACACCAGUGACUGCUUGAAACCUUCAGUGUUAAUAGAAGUUUUUGAUUUUUGCGUGAGAGAUGUGGAGAUUGACCAUUCCCCCAUUCUGCCUAUCGACCGAGAAAAUGUCUAUCGCAAGGAAUAUGCAGCAAUGAGCAAAGUGUGGAAAAUUCUUUCUGGGCACCCGAGCGAGAACAGUGUUAAAGAUCACGAUCAGACCUGUUUGUGGCAGCCAUUCCACCUUGGCAGCAUCCCCUCCAAAGAGAAUGUUGAUCACAUCCCCUGGGCUCUACAGUGCGACUUAGUCCAGCAACUGUUGGACAAAGUGAACGACCGGCAAGGAUCAGUCUAUCAAAGGGGCAAAGCAGCCCUGCAACUCAGUUCUCACUAUGCUGUUGGCCUAGGGUGUGAAAAAGACUAUGAAAAGGUCCUACACUACAUCCAGUUGUCCGCCGCCUUUGGCGAUAACGUCGCCCAGCUAAUCUGUCCAAGGGUUUUUCAAUCUCAUGGAAAGCUUAUUGACCAGGAUGAUCUGGAAGAUAUCGUACGCUCUUUCUCAUAUGCUGAAGGAGCUACUUCAGACGACUCGGACGCCGAUAUAGAAGACCUCGCAAAUGACAUGAAUCAUGAAGAAGCCGAUUAUGGUACAGAUUCUAUCGAAGCUCUGGAUGAACCUAUACAAGACGCAGGAAGCUUAGAGGGCGACUCUGAAUCCACUAGCGACUCCGAUACAGAUCUUCGCUGGAGUGUGUUUCUUCUAUCUGCGAUUUUUGACAGGGAUUUCGAAUCCAGGGUGGACACAGAGCCAGCCGACUACUUCUGGAUGAAAAUACGUAUGUUUGAGCGAGGUAUGGGGUUUGCCUCUCAAGGAGCACUAUUGAGGUACCGAGGUGAAUGGUAUGGAGGACUUGACGAUAGGAAGUUGGUCCCUGCGCUUGAACAAACUGCGGUCUCCUCAUCACCACAAGUUCCAGAAGUGGAGCUCAAAUGCGAGGACGGAACACUUAUACACAGUCCUGCCCUCCACCAUGUCGUCUUUUGCGGAAUGUUCAAAAUAGCCAAGCAGCUUAUCAGCCACGGGUGGUCACUCAACGCAGUCAAUGAUGACGGUGAUACCCUUCUUCAUCUCGCCAUGCGGCACGGCGAUUCACAAAUGACAGAUUACCUGAUUAGACGAGGAGUCAACGUGGCAGUGAGCAACUUUAAAGGAGUCACGCCGCUACACUACUUAUCCAUGUUUGGAAGUCAAGAACGGAACUCGGAUGGUGGCAACAACUCUGACACACAGAUCGAAAAGUUGGAGACACAACAUGUCGUAGCAUUCAGUGGUCCAGACGUUGACGCUAUUGCUAACAUGCUGGUUGAUGCAGGGGCAGAUGUGAACGCUUCCAUGGGUCGGUUCGAUUCAACUGUUGACGUCUUCUUCUCUCACCGCAUCAGUGGGACACCAUUGCACGCAGCUGUUACACUCGGCAACAAGUCGGCUGUGCAGACAUUACUACGUCUAGGUGCAGACACUGAGAUUCGGCCUUUCCAUGACUCGGACACAGCCCUUGAGCUGGCAGCCCAAUUGCACCUGGCGGAGAUAGCAGAGCUGCUUUUAGAUCACGGAGCUAACCUCAGGAGUGUUUCAGAGUCAGGCUCAUCAAGUGGCACCUGGGCCAUGCACCAUGUUGGAUCUCAUGUUCCGCCUCUGUCCCGGUGGCUGUUACACGGUGCUCGGUACAAGGAUGCCGUCCGAGAUACCAUUCGUGUGUUCAUUGCUGCAGCCGAAAGGAAAAACCUGUCUCUCGAUGAAUCGAACGAGGCCGGUCUAACAGCCUUUGAGUAUGCCCUCCAGGAAAGCGGGGAAGACACUUAUGUCAUCGAGGCGUUCCUUGAUUGCGGCGCCAUACUUCCUCCCAAUGCUUUAUCAAUUGCUGUUCUCAGUUGCGGGUCUGAUGAAGCCAACGCCUCGAAGGUUGAACUCGUUCUCCAACACGUUUCUGGCCCCGGUCAGCCAAUUUCAGGUGGAGACAACAGCCUGUACACGGAAGAAAGCUCAUAUGCCUUGCAUGUCGCUGCGUCCACAGGUGCAUUGGCCGCAGCCAAAUUAAUCAUCAGCUAUUUCGCCUCGGAGUCGGAGUCCCUUCUUCGCACUUAUAAUGACGAAGGACUGACUGUACUUCAUGAGGCAGUUAUCGCUGGGGACGUCAGCAUGACCACCUACCUUCUGUCGCGAAAUUCCCAAAUCAACUUUCGAGACCGGGAGGGCCGUACUGCUCUUGCAACAGCCGUCGCUCUAGGCAAUAAAGCGUUGGUGUCGCUGUUGAUGCUUCCAGAUGCAGACAUGAAUAUUCGUGAAGGUGAACACGACGGAGGGACUAUUUUGCACAUUGCGGUGCAAAAUGGAUCACGCCAGUCCUCGAUGCUGGCAUUUUUGCUCUCCGCAGAUUUCGACGAAGCCAGUGAGAGCUGGCCACGGUUCCCUCAAAUUCACAACCACGGUAUCCUGGAUGCCGUUGACGCCGCCCUGGGCAAUACGGCGCUCCAUUUGGCAGCGUAUUCUGGAGAUUAUCCGGGUGUGUUCGCAUUGCUAGCCGCAGGAGCGACAGCCAGCAUCAAGAACCGUGCAGGCUCCACGCCUCUUGAUUUCGUGAGACAGAGAAUGAAGAUGCAUGAGUCGCCAAAGGAGCGGCCUGCUCAUUUCGAACUAGAAGCGGCCCUGAAGAAGUGUGCAACUCACCUGGAGCGUGCGAAAACCUAG